AUGAUGGAGGGCAAUUCCACUGCUGGAUCCUUCGCUCCCUUGCAGCAGUUCAGCGUUGCUGACCUUGUUGUCGUAGUGGUUUAUUUUUCCUUAAACGUUGCAGUGGGAAUAUGGUCUUCAUGCAGGGUGAACAGGAACACCAUCAGUGGCUAUUUCCUUGCUGGCAGAGACAUGGCAUGGUGGCCAAUCGGCGCCUCUCUCUUCGCCAGCAGCGAAGGCUCGGGGCUCUUCAUCGGGCUGGCCGGGACUGGUGCUGCCGGGGGAAUCGCUGUCACCGGCUUUGAGUGGAAUGCGACCUACGCUCUUCUGGCGCUGGCCUGGGUGUUUGUGCCGGUCUACAUCUCAUCUGGGAUUGUCACGAUGCCCGAGUAUCUCCAGCGAAGGUUUGGAGGGGAGAGGAUUCGGAUGUACCUCUCCAGCCUGUCACUCCUGCUCUCCAUCUUCACCAAAAUCUCUACGGACCUGUACUCGGGGGCCCUCUUCGUGCAAGUCUGCCUGGGCUGGGACCUUUACCUCUCCACCGUCCUGAUGCUGGUGGUCACAGGGCUCUACACCAUUGCGGGGGGGCUGGCGGCCGUCAUCUACACCGAUGCGUUGCAAACGCUCAUCAUGGUCCUUGGAGCCAUUGUGCUGGCGGUGAAAGCUUUUAAUGAGAUCGGAGGUUACCCCAACCUGGAAGAGGCCUAUUUAAAAGCCAUGCCGUCCAAGAUUGUUCCCAACACUACCUGCCACCUGCCCAGAGCGGAUGCAAUGCACCUCUUCCGAGACCCAGUCUCUGGAGAUCUGCCCUGGACCGGGAUGACUUUUGGGCUGUCUAUCAUGGCCACGUGGUACUGGUGCACCGACCAGGUCAUCGUCCAGCGGUCUCUCUCUGCCAAGAGCCUGAGUCACGCCAAGGCCGGCUCCAUCUUGGCCAGCUACCUGAAGAUGCUGCCCUUGUUCGUUAUCAUCAUGCCGGGGAUGAUCAGCAGGGUCCUGUACCCAGAUGCCGUGGCCUGUGUGGACCCCGAGGAGUGCGUCCGCGUGUGCGGGGCCGCCGUGGGCUGCUCCAACAUCGCCUACCCCAAGCUGGUGGUCGAGCUGAUGCCCAGCGGGCUGCGGGGUCUGAUGAUCGCGGUGAUGAUGGCCGCGCUCAUGUCGUCCCUGACCUCCAUAUUCAACAGCAGCAGCACCCUCUUCACCAUGGACAUCUGGAGGAAGCUGAGGCCAGGGGCUGGUGAGCGAGAGCUGCUCUUGGUGGGCAGGGUCGUCACAGUGGUGCUGGUGGCCCUCAGCGUGGUCUGGAUCCCCAUCCUGCAGAGCUCCAGCGGUGGCCAGCUCUACGUCUACAUCCAGGCUGUCACCAGCUACCUGGCUCCUCCCGUCACCACCGUCUUCAUCCUGGCCGUCUUCUGGCCCCGAGCUAACGAGCAGGGAGCUUUCUGGGGCCUGAUGGCGGGGCUGGCGCUGGGGCUGGCCAGGAUGGGGCUGGAGCUGGCGCACCCCACGCCCCGCUGCGGGGUCCCCGACCGGCGGCCCUGGCUGCUCACCGACAUCCACUACCUGCACUUCGCCGUGCUGCUCUGCACCGCCACGGGCGCCGUUGUGGUGGGGGGCAGCCUGCUGACCCCCCCGCCGCCCCUGGCCCGGCUAAAGGAUCUCACCUGGUGGACCCUCUCGCGGGAGCCCCCCCAGCCCUCCGUGGACGGCACAUCCCAGGGAACGCCCGACGGUGAGGAUGCCACGGAGCCCCUCUUCUGGGCCCGUGUCUGUGGCAUCAACGCCGUUGUCCUGAUGUGCGUCAAUAUUUUCUGCUAUGCCUAUUUUGCCUAG